AUGGAUUAUCUGACUUUCCUUUUGGCUAUUUUUCACGCAUACAAAGCUCUGUGUGGAGAGACGUUUUGGGAUACCACCGUCCAACUUGCUGAGAAUAUGACGCUAGAAUGUGUGUACCCGUUCCAGGACACCUUAACGCAAAUGGAGUGGUUCAAGAUCAACGCCACGCAGAAGGAGUCUGUAGCCAUUUUCCACCCCUCCUUCGGGAUCCACGUUAGAGAGGCCUAUCACGGGAGGGUUCACUUCCUAAACUCAAACGUGACUCCCAGCGACAUGACUCUGUCCUUCCUUAAUGCGACCGAAGCUGACAUGGGCUUAUAUUCCUGCCUCCUUCACACUUUUCCACGUGGAAGCUGGGAAAAGGUGGUUCAGGUGGUGUCACCAGGUAGUUUUGAGACAGCUGUGUCGUCAGAUAAGCACGUGCUCUCCAAACCUGGAGGAAAUAUCACACUCACCUGUCCACUGCACAUGAAGUGGCCACUUCAAGAAGUGAGGUGGGAGAAGAUCCAGCCCCAUCAGAUCGACCUUUUAACUAACUGCAACUUGUCCCAGGGGAGAAGUUAUGCUCUGAAGUACAGAAGGCAGGUGGAGAGCAACUGCAGUGAGGAGGCGAGUAGCUCCAUCGUUCUGCCCCUCGUUACCGCCUCCGACUCUGGGCUCUACCGCUGCCUCAUCAAGGCCAGCACGGGAGAAAACGACACCUAUGUGCUAAGACUGACCGUUACGCAUGGUAAAAUGGAUUACCAAUAUAUCCUCUUCAUAGUUGGAGGGGCAGUUAUCUUGUCGCUGUUUGUUAUCCUAAUUACCGCGGCCAUUGUCAUUUCCUGUCACAGGAGGCGGAAACGGAAGCAAGUUCUAUUUGAAGAGACCUGGGAUACCCAGAAUAAGGCUAUGAACAACUCCAGAAACCCCAUCUCUGUCAAGGAACCACCAGACGGUACAACAGAGGAUAUUUAUGUCAACUACCCAACUUUCUCUCGUAGACCGAAGACUAGAAUCCAAACUUUCCCCUUGGUCUGA